AUGAAGCAAAACGGUGCCUUCCCUGCAAAUGGGUAUUCUAAUAAUAUAGUCGAGGAAUACAUGUCUCCGGCAGUAGAUGGUCUAUAUGAUGCUGAUUUCGAAGCCUUUAAAGUGCUUAGUGAUAAAGAGAAACGGGAAAUUAUCAUCAAGGAGGCAGAGACCUUUGGCAUGGAGAAACCGCAGGGAUACAGCGUUUCUUUUCAUUACAAUCCACAUGUCGAAUACCACCACUUUGGAAGCUCCCAUCCGAUGAAACCCUGGAGGUUAACCCUUACGAAACAUCUGGUCUUGGCCUAUGGACUAGAAUUUACUAUGGAUCUAUAUCAACCGCCACCCGCUACUUUUGAGCAGCUCUCGCAGUUUCACGAUGAAGGUUACCUCGAAUUUCUAAGCAAAAUUACACCGCAGAACGUCGAGCACGAUGACCCAAGCUAUCUUGCAUAUGGCUUUGGUGGCGAAUCUAACGACUGUCCUGUUUUUGAUGGUCUAUGGAACUAUGUCACCCUUUACAGCAAUGCUUCGCUCUGGGCCGCCAACAGCCUGACUAGCCAACAAUCUAGCAUCGCCAUCAACUGGUCCGGCGGCCUUCACCACGCCAAGAAGAACAUGGCCUCGGGCUUCUGUUACAUCAACGACAUUGUCCUUGCCAUCCAGCAAUUACUCACUCGACAUCAACGCGUGCUCUACAUCGACAUCGACGUCCACCAUGGCGAUGGCGUCGAGCAAGCGUUUGAGUCCACAGAUCGUGUCUUUACCCUGUCCUACCACAAAUUCGGAAUCGAUAAGAACGGUUACCCUUUUUUCCCCGGGACAGGCAAUAUCCACGAAAUGGGACCAAAUGAUCCUUCAAGUAGGGGCAAAGGACACACUCUAAAUAUCCCGCUUGAAGAUGGCAUCGACGAUGAUCAGUAUAAAUGGCUCUUCAAAACGAUUACCGGCGCUGUUGUUGAGAAAUACCAACCUGAAGCCAUUGUCCUCCAGUGUGGCGCGGACUCGCUCGGUGGCGAUCGCUUGGGGAAGUUCAACUUGAACAUCAAGGCGCAUGGCUCCUGUGUUGAGACGGUUAAGAGUUUUGAGAAACCGCUUCUGCUCAUAGGAGGGGGAGGCUAUACGCCCAGGAACGUCGCGCGCACUUGGUGUCAUGAGACAGCUGUCUGCGUUGGAGCAACACUCCAUAAUAAUCUACCAACCCACCUCCCAUAUAUCCAGGCUUUCCAGGGCGAUGAGAACGGCGGUGGUACACUCUACCCAGACCUUCAUAACACUAAGCGUCACGAUAAUGUCAAUUCAGCCCAGAAACUGCAAAAGCUUGUCCAACAUGCUCUAGAAAACCUGCGGUAUCUCGAAGGCGCUCCUAGUGUCGUAGUAAAUACGAUUGGCUUGACGGAAGACGAAAUCAUGAAAGUCCGAGAGGAGGUCGAACAGGAGCUUGAAGACGAGGCAGAAGAUAGGGGGGUACAUCUCAGCGUGGAGCGGAAUCGGAGAACGAGGGAACGGAAUGUUGGGGGACGCGGCGAGCGAGGACUGCGUUGA